UUCCACUUCCACCCCUCGCCGCAGCAGCAGCAGCAGAUCCCCGUUUCCUCCCUCCUUCCGUCCCGUCCCGUCCCUUCCCUCGCUGACACUGUUUGACCCCUGCCGCUCGUGCCGCGUCGUCCUCCUGCUCCUGCCCUCCAGCUAAUAAGGCCGAGCGGCGAGGCGAUAGCAGUGCUAGCUAGUGUAGUAGCGCCGUACCACAGACGGGGAGAAGAAUGGAGCCCCCCUCCUCGCCCGCGCCCCUCUUCCUGGUCGUCCUCUUCCUCCUCGGCUCGCUGCUCCUGCAGGCGCGCGCCGACGACCCCUACAGGUUCUACACCUGGAACGUCACCUUCGGCGACAUCUACCCGCUCGGCGUCAAGCAGGAGGGGAUACUGAUCAACGGCCAGUUCCCGGGGCCGCAGAUCGACGCCGUCACCAACGACAACAUCAUCGUCAACGUCUUCAACAACCUGCCGGUCCCCUUCCUCCUCUCCUGGCAAGGAAUUCAGCAGCGGAGGAGCUCAUGGCAAGACGGCGUGUAUGGUACCAACUGCCCCAUCCCUCCGGGUGGCAAUUUCACUUACAACAUGCAGUUCAAGGACCAAAUCGGGACCUACUACUACUUCCCUUCCCUUCUAUUUCACAAGGCAGCCGGUGGUUAUGGUGGCAUCAGGGUUCUUAGCCGGCCGAGGAUCCCUGUCCCAUUUGACCCACCUGCCGGUGAUUUCACCAUAUUAGCUGGUGACUGGUUCAAGCUCAAUCACACUGACCUGAAAGGCAUUUUGGAUAGUGGUAAUGACCUGCCGUUGCCUGAUGGCCUUCUUAUUAAUGGCCAAGGCUGGAAUGGCAACAGAUUUACAGUAGACCAAGGGAAAACAUAUCGUUUUCGGGUGUCGAAUGUGGGCAUUGCAACGUCAGUGAAUAUAAGGAUUCAAGGCCAUUCCAUGCUCCUGGUAGAGGUGGAGGGGUCUCACACCAUGCAGAGCACAUACACAUCCAUCGACAUCCAUCUAGGCCAAUCAUACUCGUUCCUUGUUACUGCUGAUCAGCCACCUGCAGACUACUCCAUAAUUAUCUCCACUCGUUUUACCACCCCUGUCCUCACCACCACUGCCAUCCUCCACUACAGCAAUUCAAAUGGUGCUGCAACAGUACCACCUCCCGCAGCGCCUACAGUUGAGAUCGAUUUUUCUCUCAACCAGGCUAGAUCGAUUCGGUGGAAUCUGACAGCGAGUGGACCAAGGCCAAAUCCUCAAGGUUCUUACCACUAUGGCCUCGUCAACACCACAAGGACCAUCAUACUCGCUAACUCACGGGCAACCAUCAACGGCAAGCUGAGAUACGCAGUCAACAGCAUCUCCUUCAUCCCGGCUGACACCCCUCUUAAAGUUGCUGAUUUCUACAAGAUCCCAGGGGUUUUCACGCUGGGCAGCAUGCCCGACAACCCAACCGGUGGCGGUGCUUACCUCCAGACAUCUGUCAUGGCGGCCAACAUGCGGGACUAUGUUGAGAUCGUCUUUCAAAAUACAGAGAACUUCGUGCAGUCGUGGCACAUUGACGGUUACGCGUUCUGGGUCGUCGGGAUGGAUGGAGGACAGUGGACACCGGCUAGUCGUCAGGGAUACAACCUUAGAGACGCCAUUGCUCGGUACACAUUGCAGGUGUACCCUCAGUCAUGGACAGCUAUCUACAUGCCGCUGGACAACGUGGGGAUGUGGAACGUGAGGUCGGAGAGCUGGGCCAGGCAGUACCUCGGCCAGCAGUUCUACCUCCGCGUCUACUCGCCAGCGAACUCGUGGCGGGACGAGAACCCGAUCCCCAAGAACGCACUGCUCUGCGGCCGGGCCUCUGGCCGCCGGACGAGGCCUCUCUGAAGCUGAAGCCCUGAACCCAAGACGGCAAGACCUUGUUUGUUUCUGGCAACGAAGGGGUGGCCGGAACUUCCAGGGAUUUGUUGAACAGAGAUAAUUGGGGUGUUCAGAUUGCUGAACAGAGUUCCGUUUUGUGGCGCUGAUGAUCAACCAGCUCAUAUAUUAUUUAGCAAUUGUAGUUAAAACAUUCCCGGUGGAUUUGUUGUAUGGGAAGCUUUCUCGCUUCCUCGCUCACAUCAUUGAUGAUGAUAAUGAUAAUAUUCAUAGUUACCUGAUU